AUGGCUCCAUCAUCGCUGGUCGACGAAGCGUCUGUCGUGGAGCUGAUGAGGGAUUGUUCGGUAACGAGAGAGCGAGCAACACAUCUGAUUCAGUCCUUGCCUAACGAGCAGAAACACUCGCUGAAUAGGCCGUCAUCCCGCUCAAGAUCCCCAACUCUUGCUUCUCAUCGAAGAAAAGGUUCUCUUAACUCGGGUUCUACCCGGAGCAGUGCUGGAUCUUUCAGCCCGCUUCCAGUAUUUCCUCCCCGAUUGGUGAUUGCCCCCGUAGCCGAGAAGCGCGCAGUUACCUCAGACCGCGAGGAUCUGCUUUCGCGCCUCUCUCUACUGCCGAGCUCUAGUGGCUCGGCCGUCAACACCGAUCAAGGGAGUGUUAAUGGCUUUGCAAUACCUCCUAUCGGUAGUGGCGAAGAGGCAUAUUCAGCGUCCGUCUCUUCAGAGGAAUCGGACCCCCUAGAGUCAACAGACUGGGACUUUAUUCUUCCAGAUAUCCCUCAUCCCGGUCACCUCCUCCCCGAUAUGAGCGACGGCCAGGGUCCAGAUGACUUCGACCUUGAGAAACUAGUAGGGGCUGUCCUCCACGGAGAGGACCUCCAGACCGUGAGCAACUACCUACUCUACUACAAUGACAGGACGGUGAGGGAGCACCUUCAGGAAGAGGUACGCGGCUUCCACUCGAUCUUCUACGUCGUCGCAUCCAACAACACCGACAUCCUCAAGCUGUGGGUUUCGCAUGGUGCAAGUAUUUCCGUCACACAUAAACCUUCCGAAAUACCUCUCCUCCCCUUCGCUAUCGUGAAUGGCGUCAAUAUCAAGGGUGACACAAUACCCAUGGUCACUACUCUCCUGAGCCUCGGUGCCAACCCCCGGACUAUCCCUGAGAACCUGUAUAAGGACUUUUAUAACGACGAUGGCGGAAAGCUGCAAGUCUUCUCUCCUGAUGAUGACAACGUAUGGUACACAGAAGCAGCCCAUAAGAAGCUCGUUCAGGCCCUGAACCUAACCCAUCGCUAUCUCCUCGAGCGCUCAACGAAGUUGAAGAAGGCAUCUGUCCGGCAUCGCCAGGUUGCUAAGCUCCGCAACGCCGAACCCAUCCUCGGCGUCCCCUAUUUCCUCAUCGGCCAGACAAUCGCUGCCAGCCGGCUCUCCCAGAAACUUAUCAGCCACUUGAUGAUCCCUCAUCGCCGUCCCCUAGUCCUGAUCUUCGCGGGCCCAAGUGGGCACGGCAAGACGGAGCUGGCGCGGCGGAUGGGGCACUUAUUGGGCCUACCACUGAAUAUUGUGGACUGUACCAUUGUUAACCGCGAGAUGGAACUCUUCGGUCCAAGGCAUCCCUAUACUGGCGCAGGUGGGGGUACUCCCCUGAAUAACUUCUUAGCAAACAAUGCUAGGCAGAGGUGUGUUGUGUUUCUGGACGAAUUCGAGAAGACAACGAAAGAUAUCCACCAGGCUCUUCUGGUACCGUUUGACAAUGGCGAAUACCAGGAUCGCCGGAAUCUGAGCACAGUAGACUGUUCCAACACCAUUUGGAUCCUCGCCACCAACGCCUUCGACAACACAAUCACGAGCUUUUGCGAUCGGAACCCACAGAUCUUCAGUGACAAUGAAAAAGAGAGGAAAGUCCUCGUCCGGAAGCUAUCGAAGACUCUCAAAGCAGAUUCCCUUCAGCACUUCGGCGCACCCAUAACAGGCCGCAUAUCGGAGUUCAUACCUUUCCUCCCUUUCUCGCCAGUGGAACAAGCUGUCGUGGGCCACAAAUUCCUCCUCGAUCUGAUCAAGAAGGUCCGAGCCCCUGUUAGGCUAUCCAGGACGUCGGCAACAUCUCCCCAUGAACAGCUCCUGGGAAACGUCAAUCUCCAGGUUAAAAGGGAUGUAGCUGUUUGCAAGGUCCUCGCCGAGGAAUACAGCCCAGACCUUGGCGCGCGAAGCAUGAUAGCGGCGGUAGAGCGUGUGAAGGAGCUCCUGAUAGAUUUGUAUCUGGAUGAAGAUGAUGAGAUAGUGGAGGAUGGGGGAAUGGAUGAUUUCCUGUUGGAUAUCCAUGGAGGAGAGGUGGUUGUCCACAAAACGAAGGGAGAAUGA